AUGACCAUCCCAGAUGAAUAUGAUAUCAUUGUCUGUGGUGGAGGAAGCACCGGGUGCGUGGUGGCCGGCCGCCUCGCCAAUCUCGACCACAACCUCCAGGUCCUGCUGAUCGAAGCAGGCGAGGAUAAUUUGAAUAACCCAUGGGUUUACCGCCCGGGAAUCUAUCCUCGGAACAUGAAGCUUGAUUCCAAGACCGCGUCUUUUUACUAUUCGCGGCCCUCAGAGUGGCUCGACGGACGUCGCGCCGUGGUGCCUUGCGCUCAUGUUCUUGGAGGAGGUAGCUCGAUUAACUUUAUGAUGUAUACUCGCGCAUCUGCUUCCGACUAUGAUGACUGGGAGUCGGAGGGCUGGAAGACCGAUGAACUCCUGCCCUUGAUGAAGAAGCACGAGACAUACCAGCGUGCUUGCAACAACCGGGACCUUCAUGGCUUCGAAGGACCGAUCAAGGUCUCAUUUGGAAAUUAUACCUAUCCGAUCAUGCAGGACUUCCUCCGAGCUGCAGAGUCCCAGGAUAUCCCUAUCACAGAUGACUUGCAGGAUCUGAAGACUGGCCAUGGAGCUGAACAAUGGCUGAAAUGGAUCAACCGUGAUACUGGACGGCGCAGCGACUCUGCCCACGCAUACGUCCACAGUACUCGAUCCCAAUACUCGAACCUGCACCUCAAAUGCAACACCAAGAUUGACAAGGUUAUCAUCGAGAACGGCCGCGCAGUGGGAGUCGCGACUGUCCCGACAAAGCCCCUGGCAGGCCACAACCCACCACGGAGAAUCUUCAAAGCCCGCAAGCAGAUCAUAGUCUGUGGCGGCACCCUCAGCUCUCCCCUCAUUCUCCAAAGAUCGGGAGUCGGUGACCCCGAGAAGCUUCGACGGGCUGGCGUGGAGCCCCUGGUGAACCUACCGGGUGUUGGCCGCAAUUUCCAAGACCACUACCUGACAUUCUCUGUCUACAGAGCGAAGCCUGACGUCGAGUCCUUUGAUGAUUUCGUUCGCGGAGACUCCGAAGUCCAAAAGAAGGUCUUCGAAGAAUGGAACAUCAAAGGGACCGGGCCCUUGGCGACGAACGGCAUCGAAGCUGGCGUGAAGAUCAGACCCACCCCCAAGGAACUGGAGGAGAUGAAGACCUGGCCGACCAAUGACUUCUACAAGGGCUGGGAGAGUUACUUCAAGAACAAGCCCGACAAGCCUGUGAUGCACUACUCCGUCAUCGCCGGCUGGUUCGGCGACCACAUGCUCAUGCCUCCUGGCAAGUUCUUCACUAUGUUCCAUUUCCUGGAAUAUCCCUUCUCCCGCGGCUUCACGCACAUUCAGUCCCCCGACCCCUACGAAAGCCCCGACUUCGACGCGGGCUUCAUGAACGACAAACGCGACAUGGCGCCCAUGGUCUGGGGCUACAUCAAGUCCCGCGAGACUGCGCGCCGCAUGAGCGCCUAUGCCGGCGAAGUCACCGGCAUGCACCCGCACUUCUCGUACGACUCGCCCGCCCGCGCGUUCGAUCUCGAUCUCGCCACAACCAAGGCCUACGCUGGCACCAAUCACCUCAGCGCUGGAAUCCAACACGGCUCCUGGUCUUCCCCCCUGGAACCCGGCUCCUCGCCCACGGCCACCUUCCUCAGCUCGAACAAACAGGACACUCGAGAAGAGAUCAAGUAUACAAAGAAGGAUAUCGAGCAUAUCGAGAAAUGGGUCCAACGCCACGUCGAAACAACAUGGCACUCCCUCGGAACCUGCAGCAUGGCCCCGCGCGCCGGCAACUCCAUCGCGCCCCAGGGCGGCGUCGUCGACGAGCGACUGAACGUCCACGGCGUCCAGGGUCUCAAGGUCGCCGACCUGUCGAUUUGUCCCGAUAACGUCGGAUGUAAUACCUAUAGUACGGCGCUGUUGAUUGGAGAGAAAUGUGCCGUGUUGACGGCGGAGGAUUUGGGGUAUCGAGGCGAGGCGUUGGAGAUGAGGGUCCCUGAGUACCAUGCGCCUGGGGAGACGAAGGGGCUGUCCAGACUGUGAUUGAAUUGAUUUUUAUUUUCUGGGGGACUAGGGGGUUGAUUAAUAGGGUAAUACUGAGGGUGUCAGCUAUCCGAGGCUCUGGUGCUAGUGUC